UGCCCCGUAAGUACGAGUGCUCGGGGAGUAAUUUUUGACUUUGAAGGUAUAAAUUGUCUACGCACUUUCACGUAAUUAAAUCGCGUGAAAAAAAUUUUCAAGAAUUAAGAAUUCACAUUAUAAUUACUGCGAGGGCAUGUUAUUAGUUAGAAAUUUAUUACCUGUCUACUUAAAUAAACAAAGCAUUUUUUCCAUGCCUUGCAACUUAAAGAAGCUGGUUACUCAUAACAUUAAAACCUAUUUAAAUCGUAACUGCAGCACAAAGACGAUUAAAGUAAAAUUAAAUAUGUAUGAUGCAGAAAUCAAGAAUUUAUUUUGGCCUUCGGCUUUAAGAUGUAGUUACAUGUGGUUGCGUGAUCAUUGUCGUUGCCUUAAAUGUUACAAUGUUAGUACAAAUCAGAGAAAACUAGACCUCCUAAGCAUAGUAAGUGAAAUUCACCCUAUUAAUUGCACUGUAGAUGAUGAAAGUCUGAAAAUUUCAUGGAGCGAUGGCCACUUUUCCUCUUACAAUGUAGACUGGUUAUGGAAUAAUAAUUACCAAGGGCAUUUUCAUCAUGUUAGGCAGUCUACUAAGACACCAGUUCUGUGGGAUGGCGUAGAAGCAGGAAAGAUUGAUGUUGCACAUGUUACAAUGGAAACUUUCAUGAACUCUGAUGUUGGUUUAUGCAGUAUUGUUGACUCCAUUUUGAAGUUUGGGGUGGCAUUUGUUACAAAUGUUUGCCCAACUCUCAAAGCCACAGAGACAGUUGCCGUGCGGUUGGCCGAAAUUCAGUGCACACUGUUUGGAAACAUGUGGGAGUUCAGUGAUGAAAUGGUGCACAGUGAUACUGCAUACUCCAAGCAGGCUCUGGAUGCCCAUACAGAUGGGACGUACUUAACAGAGCCUCCCGGUCAGCAAGUGUUUCACUGCUUGCACCACGAUGGAACUGGAGGGCAGACGUUGCUGGUGGAUGGCUUCAGAGCUGCCACAGAACUGAAGAGUUGUCAUCCAGAAGUUUAUGACAGACUCUGCAAGACGUACUUGGAAGCGCAGUACAUAGAGGAUGGGAAGCAUUACGCAGCCACGUACACUGUCCUAAGAUGCCACCCGGUGUCUGGGUCGCUGGAGCAGGUCAGGUUCAACUUGUAUGACAGAGCUCCUAUGUACACGGUGCCCGAGGGAGAAGUGCAGCAGACGUACAGUGACCUACAGGACUUGGCACGUGUGAUACGGCACCCUGGUGGAGAAUGGUGGUUCAAACUGGAGCCAGGCACAGUAGUGUUCAUCGACAACUGGCGCGUGCUGCACGGCCGGGCUAGCUACACAGGGACAAGGAGAAUGGCAGGGUGCUACCUCAGUCGAGACAACUUUCUUAGCACUGCUCGACAACUGCAGCUCGUAUAGCUGACAAUGCAGUUAGCUGAACUACAUGGAUAAUAAACUAACAACUAAUUAUUAUUUAGUAGUUUAACUUCAAACUAAAAAGACAAUAAAAAAAUACUAAUUCAACCCAUUAAGUACAUUUAAAUCCAGCAAUUUCUUCAUUACAGUGUAGUAAUUAUAUCACUAUUUUUUACCAGUGUAUUUGUACAAAUGUACUCCAAAAGAUUAAUCAACUGGAUGUGUUCAUAAAUGAUGGACCAGUCACACCAAUCAUUUAAAGCUCGGCUAUGGCUAGCCAACUAAAUAAAGGCACCAGCUCUGCUCUUCACAGUGGCAGUGUAUGUGCCAAAAUUCUAGAUGUGAAUUAUUUUAUUUUAAUGUGCUCUUAAACAAAGAGUCAAGAACUAUAGGUAUUAUCCUCAAAGCAUGUCAGGUUACACUAAGAGCAUUAUUUACAUAAUGAACUAAUAAAAAUAAAUAUGUUGGCCGUACAGUUAGCUGUGUGCUUGUUUGCAGGCUUACAUCAGGUCAAAACAAAGAUUUCAUAUGCACAAUUUCUUAAAAUUGAAUUAUGUAUUUUUUAUAAUAAUUGCUGUGUGUUUGUAUCAGAUAAGGGUAUAAAAUAAAUUAGCAUUAAAUGUGAAGUACCUA